AAUCCUCUUUGGGUGUAGUGCUGCAAUGUGCCUGCCUGAGUGAGUGCCUGGUUGGCUGUCAUCUAGAUAAAAGAUUUACGUCUUUAGUAUGAUCAGUGCAAUUUUCCAUUUUGUUAACAUCAGUUUUGUUAAAAAUCACUUGAUUAAAAAAUUACUUCAACAUGUUCGAGCCAACGGAACUAGGCAAGGACCUCUGUAUACAUACAGGGAUUGUUCUAAGAGGUGCGAACAUCAGGGAGGAUGAAGUACACAGCUUGGGAACCUUGAACAUUGUCGAAUAUAGCUUUGGGAGGUGCAUCGAGUGGAAACCGAUUGAAGUGUCAUUUGUCUCAGAAUAUCAAGAUCAAGAUCCCGAAUGGUCUGUCGUAGAGUCUCAUACACGUCGAACAAGAACCUCCUCUUGCGAGAGUUCAGAUUGCCUAGGCGCUCGUCCUAGAACAGUUCGCAUACCUUUCUCCGAAUUAAAAUCAUUUCGAAUUAAUCACGGGGGCCAACAAUUGAUAUUUAUGCAGAGAGAUGGAACAACAUACGUAGCAUUCUUUCAACUGUCGAAUGCUGAGAGUUUUGUCAACUCCUUGAGAGGUUUCAUAAAAUUUGUCAAAUCGAAAUCGGACAAGAAUCUCUAUCUCGUACUGGACGAGUACAGCACUGUGCUGAAUAGAUCAUUUGCAGAAUUGGAUCUCUUUCAGGAAAAUACAUCUGAUUAUGUAUGGAAAUUCGUUAAAAAUUUGCACAAUCGUCCUUACGAAACCACACUGGAAGCAUUCAGUAAGUUGGCUGAUAUAUGGAUUUAUAAGGAACCUGUAAAACAACCAGUGGAAGAAGCUGUUGCCGACCUUCUCAAUAGAUCUUUAACAACUGAAAUGAGAAGCGGGCAUCCCCUCAGCUCAGCUGGCUCAAAUGGUGAAGAGUAUGAAGUAAUAACUGAAUUGGAUCAACAAUGCUUACUUCCACCGAGGCCUACUUGUCCUCGUGGGGCACCUCUUUCUCAAGAGCAAUGGGAUAGGUGCAAGGAUGCAGAAGGCAGAAUUUCCGAUUCUGAGACAGUUAGGGAGAUUAUUUUUCGCGGAGGUAUCGUUCCUUCUUUGAGGUACGAAGUUUGGAAAUUUCUACUCAAUUAUUAUCCAUGGAAGUCAACUUGUGCUGAAAGAAUUGAACUUCGGAAAUUGAAAACUGAUGAAUAUUACAGAAUGAAAUUACAAUGGAAAUCCAUGUCAGUAGAACAGGAGAAUCGAUUUUCAGAUUAUAGGGGCAGGAAGAGUUUGAUUGAAAAAGAUGUUAAUAGGACGGAUAGAACCCAUCCGUAUUAUUCUGGAGAUAACAAUCCCCAUUUAGGACAACUUUAUGAUAUUCUUAUGACUUAUGUCAUGUACAAUUUUGAUCUGGGCUAUGUUCAGGGAAUGAGUGAUCUUUUGAGUCCUAUUUUGUGUCUAAUGGAUAAUGAAGUGGAUGCAUUCUGGAGCUUUGUGGGUUUCAUGGAGAGAGUCAGUUCAAAUUUUGAAAUGGAUCAGGCAGGAAUGAAAGCACAAUUAUGUCAAUUACAUACUUUACUGAAUAUUACUGAACCUCAAUUAGCGCAGUAUCUCAGUAACCAUGAAUCUGGCAAUAUGUUUUUCUGCUUUCGAUGGCUCUUGGUGUUGUUUAAGAGAGAAUUCAAUGCCAUCGACAUUAUUAAAUUGUGGGAAGUCCUCUGGACCGAAUUGCCGUGCAAAAAUUUUCACUUGCUUCUGUGUGCCGCCAUUCUCGACACUGAAAAGAGUGCAUUGAUGGAAAAUCGUUAUGGAUUCACCGAAAUUUUGAAGCACAUUAAUGAUCUUUCACUUCACAUCGAACUCCCGUGGACUUUAUCCAAGGCCGAAGGGAUCUACAAUCAAUUAAUGGCAGUAGAAUCAAAGUUGCCAGAUAAUGUCCGUACUAUCAUUGGUCUCGCACCCAUUAAUUCAUCACCAUCGAAUAGCAAUUCGGACGAAGAAGAGGAAGGACGGAGGAAUACAUUGACAACAGGCGCAGCGUCAUCGUCAUCUCGAAAUUAUUCUAGGCGAACAAGUGAUGACUCUGGAAAUAUCAAAUUUGGCGCCAACGAGGUCUCCUUCGAGCGCUCAUUAAAUAUAUCUUACUUAUAGAAUUUUUCAGCAGGAAAAAAUUUUAUAAACAACACACCCACUUGAUGAUCCAGAGUAGUAUGUAAAGUAGAUACAUUCGACGCGGAAGAGCAAUUUCAAACAAUCCCAGUAGAAUAAAAUUGUUUUUUCUGUUUCUAGUAUUAUUUAUUCAUGUGGAUUUUUUCUAAACGGUAAUUACAAUAUCUUUAGACAUACUCCUUUCUCAUUGUUAGAUUUUGAUUACGCGCUGUCGUAUUCUGAGGAUCAAUGAAUGAAAGGAUGUAAAAGUGCACGAGAUUUAUAAAAAUAGCUGUCAUAAAGCAAUGAGUGUUUUUUCGCUGAUUCUUUUUGUCAUGUCGAUGUUUUUGUUUUCAACACGCCGUUCGUGAAAUUAUCACUUAUAUUCCUUUCUUAUUCUCAUCGGCCACAUGGUCAUUCAUAGAUUUGUAAAAAAAAACGUUAUAUUUCUGUAUAUAUUUUCAAUAAAAAAAUAGCAUAUUUUAUUCA